CCCUCGCCAUGCACGGGGCAAGCGCGGAGCUACUACGUGGACUGGAGGAUGCUGCGGGACGUCAAGAGGAGGAAGCUGGCGUACGAGUACGCGGACGAGAGGCUGCGGAUCAACGCCAUCCGGAAGAACGCCAUCCUGCCCAAGGAGCUCCAGGAAGUGGCUGAUAAAGAGAUUGCUGACUUGCCCCGGGACAGCUGCCCUGUGAGGAUCCGGAAUAGGUGCGUCCUGACAUCCCGCCCUCGGGGGGUGAAACGACGUUGGAGGCUCAGCAGAAUUGUUUUCCGACAUUUUGCUGACCAUGCUCAGAUGUCUGGGAUACAGAGGGCUAUGUGGUAGAUCACCACGUGGAUAUACAUUCAGGCAGAAAACACAAAACAGGCUGUUUGUGUGUUUUGAGUAAUUAAAGCAAGACUGUCCUGUCUAAGAGCCCAGCAU